GACGAGAGAGAGAAUAAGUACAUGGCACUCCAAAACAUUUUUAGAUCCCUCUCGAUCUCGUCCCCUCCCCACCCUCGUCGACCCUCGUCCUCCCCCGCCCCAUCCCUCCAUUACCGAGCUCCUCUCGUUAGGGCUUUGUGCGUGCUAAGCAUCGGCGCUCUCACCGCGCUCGCGUGCAAAACGGGGUGCGCUCACUCCCAACGCCGCCUCUCCUUUCUCGGGUCAAGGUUUGGCACUCAAGCAUCAGCCGCUGGAAUGGCAGCCGAGUCCUCCACUGUCCCUUCUAUAGUCGUCUAUGUUACUGUUCCCAACAGAGAAGCAGGCAAGAAGCUUUCUGAGAGCAUCAUCAAGGAAAGGCUUGCUGCAUGUGUCAAUAUAGUGCCAGGAAUCGAAUCUAUUUACUGGUGGGAGGGGAAGGUACAAUCAGAUUCUGAAGAAUUACUUAUUAUCAAGACGAGGGAAUCUCUUCUAGAUGCUUUGACUGAACAUGUUAAAGCCAACCAUGAAUAUGAGGUCCCCGAAGUCAUAGCAUUGCCAAUAAAUGGCGGUAAUCUCAAGUACUUGGAAUGGCUUAAAAACAGUACCAGGGAGAAAUGAGGCAGUGAGACAAGAGAAGCAUUAAGAAAAUCUAUCGAGUUUGUUGUGUAUUGCACUAUUGCUGCACUUCAUGUAUUUGGGUACCUUAAAGCUGAGUUUUUAAGUACUGGACAGUCUUCCAUCAUCCUGUAUCCUGUUUGGCAUAAUAGUAUGUGGCAUGUACAUAUUCAAACUAUGCAGCUGUCUUAAGACGAUCAUCGAAUGCUAUGAAGUAGCUGGACUCUAGAGUUGCACAGUUACAGCAGUUGUUUGUUGUUGGAAUUGGAGCAGCUUUAAUUGCUCUCUCA